AUGGAUGGGUUUCUGACACCCGCAAAGAGCACACUCCAGGAGGCCGCGCGCGCCAAUGUGGCCGACUCACCGACCCGCUCAAUGAUGUCGGAUGGCGGUGAAACCACGCUGGCGGACAUCAGGGCUGACAUCAGGGCACUUGCCGAAAACAUGGUCAUGAAAGAUGACCUCCACAGCCUCUCUGAUACCCUUCAUGCAGCGAUCCGCACAGAGGUAACACUGCUCCGGUCAGACAUGACGGCGCAUGACAGCAGGCUGCAGCACCUGGAAACUACCACACAGGCUUAUACUCUUGCCAAAACCAGGCAGGAGAAUAUGCUGCUCGCCCUGAGACGUCACACUGAGGACCUAGACAACAGAGGCCGCAGAUCCAACAUCAGGGUGCGCGGCCUGCCAGAACCAGCCGGCGAGGAAGAUGUGGAGGCUAUACUGGGCACACUUUUCAGAGGAAUCCUGGGAGCUGAAGCCCCGGCCACAAUUGAGUUUGACAGGGCGCACAGAGCUAACAGGCUACGCACAACUGAUGGCCACGAGAUAUUGUAUGCUGUAUGCACCAAUAUAAGUUAA